UAUACAGAUAAUUGCUAUCUCUGUUGUGUAGGAGAUAUUGUAAAGCCUUCAGACAUGAAAGGAGAUAAGCCCUUUUGUUGCUGAGUACGAAAUAGAUAAAAAUAUCAGUUUAUCUUUAUGAGUGAGGCUGAGGUAAUAAGUGAGACAACAGAGUGGAUGGAGAACCUGAGUUGAUAUUCUGCUGUGGAUCAUUAGUUAUUCAAAAACAGAAGAUGGCAUGCAUUCCGCAGCAUGUGCGUGUAUGCAUAAUUGGUGCAGGUGUAGCAGGGCUUAGUGCUGCUCAGAAGCUUAUUCAGGCUGGAGUAAAAGACAUUGUUGUCCUUGAGGCUCAGGAUAGAAUAGGUGGAAGAGUCCACACAAUAGAACAUGGUGAUCAUGUAUUGGAGUUUGGCGCACACUGGAUCCAUGGAGAGGAAGGGAAUGUCGUCUAUGAGUGGGCCUCACAAAACAACCUUGUGGAUGAUGAACCCACUCUUAAGCAGACAGGUAUUGGUGAAACAGUAUUUGUCAGAGAAAAUGGAGAAGUUGUACCACCAGAGAUGAUCGAAGCUUUUGAAAUGGCUUUUGCAAAUCUCGAGGAACAGGGAGAGAAAGACUUCCCUUCCUACCCAAACUCUGUUGGGCAGUACUAUAAAGAACAAUUCAAGUCACUCAACCAGUGGGGUGGCAUUGGAGAGGAAUUGCUGAACUGGAGGGGAAAUUUUCAGAACUGCAUUGAUGGUACUGAUUCCUGGUACGAUUGUUCUGCAAAAGGACAUACUUGCUACAAGGAAUGCCCUGGAAACAUUGUGGUCAACUGGAAAAAUGGAUAUCGAGCCCUUCUGAACCACCUUAAGGAGCCAUUGCCCAAGUCUUGUCUUCAUUUGAAUUCAGCUGUAAAAACCAUUGACUGGCAUGGCUCUUUGGCUACAUCUACCAGCUGCAAUUUAACAUUGUGGUCUGGCCAGGUAAUAAGAGCAGACCAUGUUGUCUUCACCCCAUCUUUAGCAGUCUUGAAAGCAGUGGCUGAAGAAAUGUUCAACCCUCCAUUGCCAAUGGAGAAGUCAAGAGCCAUUGAGGGCUUAGGGAUUGGUGUUGUGGACAAGAUAUUCAUCCAGUUCCCACAGCAGUGGUGGGAGACAGGUUGUGAUGGUUUCAGCUUUUUAUACGACCAGGAAACUCCAGAAACAAUAACAAAGGAGAACUGGGAAUAUGGAAUCUUGGGCUUCUAUGAGGUGUUCAGACAACCCAAUAUGCUCUGUGGGUGGAUCACAGGACCAGCAGCCCGCAUGAUGGAGCAAGUCCACGAAGAGGAAGUGAUUAAGCGUUGUGUUUCCUUCCUGAGGAAGCGCUUAGCAUCCAAGUUCCAAAUUCCGGAUGCACUUUGGGGAACAAGAUCAACAUGGGGUCAGAAUCCUUGGGUAAAAGGGUCAUACAGUUUCCGCAGCAUCAAGUCUGAAGCUAUGAAUGUUUGGGCUGCAGAUCUGGCAUCCCCUUUGAUGAAUGCAAAAGAUGUUCCUGUUGUCUGCUUUGCGGGAGAGGCAACUCAUGACUACUUUUAUUCUACGGUUCAUGGUGCUGUCGAAACAGGCAGGAGAGAAGCGGAAAGGUUGAUCCAGUAUUUCUCGAGAAGUCAAGGCAUUCAAGAACCAGUAUUAUCAGCAGCAACCUCUAGUCAGAGAAAAGACAUAUCUUCUACAGUACAAAAUUCUGUCACAGAGAACUCAUCCCAGAGUGGAGAAAUAGACAGGGCAGUUAAAGCUGAUCCAUCUAGUAGAUUGUGAGCUUUGGUGGAAAAAAGCAUUUUCAACUGAAAACUUCCCAUAUGGUUAUGGUUUCUUGCAGGGACACAUCUAGAUAUAGUUAACAAAAUCAGUGCUAAGCUCAGUGGAUCUUUAAUCUAGAUACAUGUAAUUAGAUCAAUAAACUUUGUUAUAGUAUAUUUUGACUGGGGAAUAAGCCUUAUAAACACCCUUAGGUUGGGUCUGUAUGCAUACCUACAUAUAUGUUCUUCACUCUUACUGGUGCAAUAUUUUGUUUAUAACUUAGCCUUUCGUAAAUCCUAUUACAUUACUAAUACACAUGUUAAUUCUUUGCUAUUGGCUUUGGUAUUUAUGUAGAAGCAUAAGUAGGUGAUUGUAGUAUUUAAAUGUAGGUUGUGAUUAUUUAUGUUUAGAUAAGUGUAUUGGAGCCUUUGUGACGUCGUUUUAAUUGUAAUUUGCCUGGCAUUGUCUAAAUUUUGUAUGUUUUUUGUGUGUGUAUAAAGACUCACAAUUAAAGUGACAAAUUA